CGGGCGGCGAUGGCGGCGGACGGGGACUGGCAGGAAUUCUAUGAGUUCCAGGAACCGGCCCGGAGCCUCCUGGACCAGGAGAACUGUAACACUAGCCCCGAAGACGGGGCAGGGGCGGGUGGGGAAGGCGACGACUUCCCGGCGCUGGCCUGCAGCUUGGAGGAGAAGCUGAGCCUGUGUUUCCGCCCCUCGGGUCCGGGCGCCGAGCCCCCGAGGGCGGUGGUGCGGCCCAUCACCGAGCACAGCCUCUUGCAGGGGGAUGAGAUUUGGAAUGCCCUGACAGACAAUUAUGGAAAUGUAAUGCCUGUGGACUGGAAGUCAUCCCAUACCAGAACCUUGCAUUUGCUUACUCUGAACCUCUCAGAAAAAGGGGUAAGUGACGGUUUGCUCCUCGAUACAUCAGAUGACGAGGACCUGAGAGAACAGCUGGACAUGCAUUCAAUCAUCGUCUCCUGCGUCAGCCACGAGCCCCUCUUCACUGCAGACCAGGUUAUUGAAGAAAUUGAAGAAAUGAUGCAGGAAUCACCAGACCCAGAAGAUGAUGAAACCGCCAUACAGUCUGAUCGGCUUUCAAUGCUUUCCCAGGAAAUUCAAACCCUUAAGAGAUCUAGUACAAGCAGUUAUGAAGAGAGAGUAAAAAGGCUCUCAGUGUCUGAAUUAAAUGAACUUCUGGAAGAAAUUGAGAUCUCCAUUAAGGAUUACUCUGAAGAGCUGGUGCAGCAGUUAGCCCUGCGAGAUGAACUUGAGUUUGAAAAGGAAGUGAAAAACAGCUUUAUUUCUGUUCUUAUAGAAGUGCAAAACAAACAGAAAGAGCACAAAGAAACGGCCAAAAAGAAAAAGAAGCUCAAAAAUGGCAGCUCUCAGAAUGGCAAGACUGAGAGAAGUCAAACGCCCAGCACACGCUUCAGCGUGGAAGGGAUCUCAAAUGUCAUUCAGAAUGGCCUCCGCCACACCUUUGGAAAUUCAGGUGGAGAGAAACAGGUGCUCGGUUAUCCUUAUUUUCCUCAUUCUCUGCUUUUUGAUUCUCCGUUACUUGACUACAGUCAUUCCUUAUGAGAAGAAAAAUGGACCGCCAUCUGUUGAAGAUCUUCAGAUAUUAACAAAAAUUCUCCGUGCCAUGAAGGAGGAUAGUGAGAAAGUUCCGAGCUUGUUAACUGAUUAUAUACUGAAGGUUCUGUGUCCUACAUAGCACUGCAUCACUUCAGGAGCAGGUUUAUCUUCCGUGGACUACAGCUAGAUUUCCUACAGCAUUAUUCUGAAAGCUGGCUACCAUUACUUUCUGGUUAUUGGAAAUGCAGCACACUUGAACUUGGGUUUGUGGUUCAGUAUUAAAAUAUCACAACUACACUAAUUCAUUGUAUAGUAGAACCAAGAGAAAUACAGCACUAUUUUGAAUUCUAAUGAUUGAUUUUAACUCUCGACAAUUAUGAACUUUUCUCUUAGUAGAAUAAGGGGCGUAAUACUAAUUGUGUGUGUACAGUUAGAUUUUUCUUUAACUGACAUUAUACUUAUUUGAGUUUAUAUAGCUUUGUAGAUCUCAAGUGCACUGAAGAGCAAGAUUGAAGCACUGAUUUUACUAUAGCUAUUCUUCAGUGGUGGCAAGAACUAACCCUAAUUUUAAAAGAGAAUUGUCAGUUUAAGUGUUACCCAUCAGUAUUGUGCAGAGACUGAGCUUGACAACCUUGGGCUGUUCUUGAAGUGAAACCACAAUAUGCAUUACUUGAGCUUAAUACUUAAGUGAACAUUGAAAAACUGCUGGAGAUGACUGACUGUUAGCCUCCGAUUGUCACCAUUAUUCAAAUUUUAACCAUUAAGUUGCUAUUCACUUUCAGAAUUUCGGAUUGUUUAACUUUAGAUGUUGAAAUGUUUUCUCCUGUCCGUGAAGAAGCGUACUUUAAAAGGAGUUUGUAUCCUUCAAGGUGCUGAAGAAACUGUAUCUGCAGCAUUGUCCAUUUCCUAUCAUUAUUGUGCUACAUUUUAUCCAUGCCUGAGUAUUUUCCUAAGGUACUAAUUCUAGAAACAGCUACCCAUGUAUACCUCACUGGUUCCAAUCAAGUCAGUGUCAUUUAAUAAAUGUAAAAAAAAAAAAGUAAUAUAUGCUUGAAAGCCUUGAGUUUAUACUGUAAUUUUUCUAAUGAAAUUUCUUUCAUUGUGGUACUUUCCCUUACUAGUCUAUGCAGAAUCCAUCACUGCAGUCUGUUAGCUGGUGAAACCCCGAAAUGCCCCGUGGAGCCAAGGAGCGGGUAGAAGACUUUUCCAGACUGUGCCAAGCUGCUGUGGAAUGAUAGAAGUCCUGUUCAUUUUCUGGGGCUGCGAGAAAUUCCAAACAGCUCUGGCAGCCCCCCUCCCUUAUGUAACAGAAGAGUGUAGAAAGAGUAGGUAUGGGACCUGCUCUCAAGGGGCUUUUAAAACUCCACGUCAACAUCUGUGUGCACACAGAGGUUCCUAUUGCUCACUCCACUCAGUAACUGGACACAGUGACUGCAGAGGCUGGUAGCUCGCCUUGAAGCCGAACACCAGCUUAGCAUUUCAUCUGGAAUCUAGUGAUAUGGAGAACUUGAGAUGGUUUCCUUUUUUUAUUAAUGUCUUCUUUGCCAGAGAAAAGGUGGAAGUUAUUUUCCCCUUUCCCUUGAAUUGAUGAAUAUGCUUACUUAUGCAAUAAUAUAAACUAAUUUGAUCUGUAUUUGUAACAAUUUUGCCUUGUAUCUAAAGAAUUGCAGCUUUGGAGGACAUACAAUAUAGUAACAAGAUAAUUUUUAAAGUGAUUCAACAGUGGUCUGUUUAUAGCUCAUUCUUAAUUUGAUGCUCCUUAGGUGUAUGAAAUACACAUAUCUUCCCCUGUCCAAUCAGAGUCCCCUUGUGAUUAGGUUCCCCUCUAUGUCAGAUGGCUUGGGAAACUCUUUCUUCUUCAGCAGGAAACUGCUGGGUUUUCCCACCGAAACCCCUCUCCUGUGCAUGAGGAAUUAGUUCUGACACUAAUUUAAUGAGGUGCACCCUUCUGACUUGUGACUGAUGGCAGGUGACACUUGGAGAAAGACCUGCUUUCUGAGCGAAGAUGAGGGUUCCUGUGCCACUGGAGGCUCAUCAGACUGACAGCCUUAAGACAGCUAGAGCGUCAACAAAACUAUGAACAACCAACAAUAUAACAGAACAAAGCAACAACAAACAAUGAAGUAUAGCCCCUGGAAACUCCUGGUGUCCUUCACCCUCCUUCGUGCCACACCGCUGUAAGAAAAGCUCCAGUGCUCACAUCAAGAAUUGACUUAGAUCUUGUUCAUUUGCUGACUCUGCUAGUAACCGGCUGAUUGGCUUGGAAGAAAACAAAAGCAGCAGGAAGUAUAACUGUAUAUAUCCCUAAUAACCCGCUUUAGAGAAAUUUUGCUAUUGCCUUUCCCUUACUUCCUCACUGCCUACUGCAGUUAUGACUGUACAGAAAAUUAACUUGUGGCUUUAGACCUGGGAUGGCUAUUAAAAGAUUCUGAAGUGCCCGUCUGAUGGUUCUAAGGUGGCUACAGCAGCUGGACCAAGAGGCCUUUUCGUUUCCUGCUCACUCAGGACUGAGCUUUGCAGCAACCAGUGCAGUCUUCAGAGCAACAGGAAAAAAUACCCUCUGGCUGCUGGGCCAUUGAACUGCUUUUAUUCUACCGGAUUUCUCCCCGAGCCAAGCUGACCAAUUUGUCUUCCCAACAACACCCUCCCACCCAUUUGCCCAACCAAACUCACUGUUCCCACCCCCAAAUACCUCUACAGCUAUAUUACAAGCAAAUAUAUCUGAGCAACUUUUAAAAACUUUGGUUCUAAGAAAACACUUGGUCAGUUAUCUUGAGGAAAAGUGGGAAUGCCUGUUCUGCACACUGCUGUAGACAGAGCCCAUCCCAGUGAGUUCUUAGCGUUGUACAUCAAGUCACAAUCCAAUACAAUCCACUAAGCAAGUGCACAAAUUCUAGUUUACUUUUAAGAGCAGAUGCAGUUGUCUUCUGUCUUUUAAAACCUCAUCCAAACUGGCUUUCUUCACACUGUUUGGUAGAAAUUGUCUGCCUGUAGAUGGUUCUGUUUUUGCAUGCUGUAGAAGCCACUGAAUCUUGCAUCUGGUUCAGCAAUUCUUGGCAUUCUCUGGGAACUGUCCACCUGGACUCUAGUUCCUUUCUUGCAGUCCACAGAUACCAGCUGAUUAUUUAAGGAAGAAGGCUAUUUAAUGGGAAGAAGAACCACAAAGAAUUAGCUGCUUUACUUAUCCAAAAUUAACAGAAGCUAAUUUUAAUAAAUUUUAGUACCUAAUUUAAAUGAGGUAAUGGCUACACAACACCCCUGUGGCUGGACUAUGAGAAACACUACAUUCUAUUCUAGCACCAACUGUACUAGGAAGAAUACUGGCAAAUUGCAUUUAAAGUAAACCAUGUCAAACAGGGAAUAGGUGAAAGAAUGAAAAAAUGAUUCAGAAAGUGACAUAACUAUUUUCAAAUCUUUGUGCUUAAGAGAGGUGAAGAAUGAGAGGAAAUUAUCAGGUAGGCAGAUUUUAAAAUAAUGGGGUGACUUCUAGAAAUCACUCAGGCCCUGUAACAGUGUCACAGGUUGGGCAAGCCUGUCAGUCAUCACACACUUCUCUCAGUUUAGGCCAGUGGGGACCACAUCUUGCUCAGCUCUGUUCUGACCCUGCAUAUAUCCAGCAUGGAGCCUGGGCCCAAUGCAGAUUUGUUGAAAGAAAACAGUUUGCUGCAGAGGCAGGAAAACCACCUGGCAGGAAUUUUACACAGAAGGAUUACACUAGAUGGUGAACUGGAUUAAAUAAUUAUUAAGGUUGUUUCCCACUCCUCAGGAUGCAUUUACACAUGCAAAGGGUAGAAUGAAGGUUGGAAGGAGUUAUGACUUCCUUUCCUCAAUCAAUAUAGAUCUUAAAAUACAGGCUCUUUGUAUUUGUGAUCUUUAACAAAUAACGUAUUCUUUCUCCCUCAAUAUGAAACCUGCCUCUACCUUGUCUAGUACUGUUUUAUUUCAAUUUUUGCUUUAUUUCUGCUUGCCUUUGAACUUCUGUAUGUACACAUUAUCUUCUAGCUCUUGUGCCCUCGCCUAAGUAUCAUUCCCCUUCUCUUGUGAUUUCUUUUCUCUCUCAAUUCUAAAUUGACAGAUGAUUGAGGAAUACCAGGUGAUCAAGUUUUAAUUUCUAAUAUUAACAAUGAUAUAGGAAUCAAUCCAGAAGUAUUUGUUCAUUUGAAGACUUUAAAGUAAAUCCACUGGAUCUGUGAAAGGUCAAGAUUCUGGAUAAUUCACCCAGUGACUGGUCCAGUCCUGGGCAAAGUACUAAGCCUAAUGUAUAUCUGAGGCUAUGAAGAGCCAUGUAAAGAUUUUACUGAUAGGAAAACCUAUCCAGAAGGAAAGACUGUGGGAAGAUGCAAGCAGAAGCUCCAGGAAUCAGCCUCUCCAACAAAACAAGCAGAAACUAGCAGAAACUGUCUGACUUAACCACACUGAAGCUCCGGAGUAUCCAGGUAGGAGCAGGAGGAAGAAGCUGGUCAACUGUGACAAGGACUGGUGGGUUCCACCCUCCUGCAGUGCUCCCCCUGCCUCAUGGCAGGCAGCAGUGGGCACUGAGGCUUGAGCUCCUGGUGCAGCUUCCUGGUGCCAGGGUGGGACACAACUAGUCUUCCAAAUUCCCAGAGUGUGAUCUGAUCCCACAGCCCUACUUUUGAUCAGCUACUUCAGAUCUCUGGGGGAAUGGCUCUGAGGGCAACCAGUGUUCCAAACCCUCUUGGCCAAAGGCUGAAGAGGAAUCUUAAAGAUGGUAGUACUGUUCCUCAAAACUUUGGAAAACAGUUAAAAGGGCUGCAUUAACUGGGCAAAUGUUGAAUUAAGAAAACUCAGCUUCAAAAGCCAAAGAAGAAGCUUCUGGAGCCCUUGCUGGCCCUCUCCACCCCCCAAGCCCUCCACACACAGCUUGCACUCUUGUAGGUCCUUGGCACUAUUCCAGAGGGAGCCGAGUGGCCCCGAUGUGCACAUUGGGGUGCAUGUAUGUCAGCGCCAAUCUAUCAGGAGGAAGUCUGAGAAACUGAGCCUCGGAAGUUGUCUCAGGCUCACCCUCCCAGAGUUUGUCCUGAGGGUACAGAAGCCACUUGCACAGUAUGACAAAGCUGAAGCAGCCUGGAGCACGACUACCUAUAUCAGGUCACUCAGCUCCCAGGAGAGGGGAGGAGUUCUGUUUCAAAGGGAGCAGAGGACCCUUUCACUCAAACUCCAGUAAACUGUACACAGGGAAUUCCCAAGGCCUCGAGCAAGCACAAGCCCAGGAAAAGAAUCGGGCUUCCAGAUUCAGGCAGGCUCAGGUAAGACAGAGAGGACCCUGUUCUUCCCAGUUGCCCUGGGCUGACCAUCUUGACAGGAAGGCUAAGCUCUGAAGCAGACCAUCAGCCAAUGAAGGGCCAAGUUGCAAAGCCAGUGAAAGGUGUUUCUGGCUUGGUUUGUUUUGAUUAGCUCCUGGCAUUCAAGAGAACUUCUGUCAUAGCAAUAGCUAGAUUAAACUUAAGGGACAGCCCAGGGACUACAUAAUUCCCAGAGUCAAAAUAACAAAAGAUUACAUGACAAAGAAACAGGAAAUUAUAGCCUAUCCAAAGGAACAAAAUAAAAAUCUAGAAACCGUCAAUGAAGAGGACCAGAUUUUGGACUUACCUGAUGGAGGUUUUUUCAAAAAUGAUCCUCAAUAUGCUUAAGGAGAUUAAAAAAAAAAACAUGGAGAAUGAACUAAAGGAUAUGAAGAAAACAAUGAAUGAACAAUACAGGAAUCUCUCCAGAGAAAUACUGGAGUUGCAGAACACAGUAAGUAAAAUGAAAAAUUCCCUAGAUGGUUUCAACAGCAGACUGGAGGUGGCAGAAGAAAUAACUGGUGAACUCAAAAAAUAGACAACUGAAAUGUUUCAGGCUGAGGGGCAAAAAGAUAAUAAAAAAGAACUAACAGAGCCCAAGAGACCUGUGGGACACAAUUAAGCGUACCAAUAUAUACAUUAUGGGAGUCCCAGAAGGAGAAGAAAGAGAGGAAGAAACAGUCAAAGAAGUAAUAGCAGAAAACUUCCCAAAUUUAACAAAGACAUGAAUAUGCACAGUCAAGAAGCCCAGUGAACCUUCCAAAAUUGAAGAGGUGGGAACACUCCCUAAAUCCUUCUAUAAGGCUAACAUCACCCUCAUACCAAAGCCAGAUAAAGAUACCACAAGAAAAGAAAACUUACAGACCAAUAUCCUUUAUGAAUAUACAUGCAGAAAUCCUCAACUAAAUACUAGCAAGCUGAAUACAACAGCACAUGAAAGGAAUUAUACACCCUGAUCAAGUGGGAUAUAUUCCAGAUAUGCAAGGGUGGUUAAAAAUAAAUAAACCACAUUAACAGAACAAAGGGCAAAAACCAUAUGGUCAUGUCAACUGAUACAGAAAAUGCAGUAUCCCUUCCCGAUAAAGACGGAAACUUCCUCAACAUGUCAAAGGGGAUAUAGGAAAAACCCACAGCUAACAUCAUACUCAACGGUGAAAGACUGAAAGCUUUCCCUCUAAGAUCAGGAACCAGACAAGAAUGCCCACUAU